AAAUAACAUUUUACAAUCACUUUCUAAUCUCAAGAUGAGUUCGAUGGAUGCUUUAGCAAUGGCGGGAGUGGAAUAUCAAGAAUGGGGACUUAGUAUUGAAGAAUGGGAGCUUCAAGAAUCUGUAGUUCCGCCCCAUUUGCUUGCUGAUGAUUCUGACGAAGAAGAAGAAGAUCAUCGAAACAACAAUGAUUCUGAAGUAGAAGAAAAAGAAGAUCAUCUUCGAGAUGAUGAUGAUGAUGAUAGAGUUGUAGAUGGCUUAGCAGUUAAACAAGUUGUCCCUUGUGACAUUAGAGCUUCGGUUGGGAAACUGAUUGAGCAAUCUCUCUCAUAUAUGAUUGUUCACCUCAAACAGCUUAAGUUCUUAACACUUCUUGUUGAGAAGUUUUUGUUUAGCCAUGUUCUUUAUUUUCUUUUGUGAUCGUUUUUAAGGGGCUUUUUUUUUUUAAGUCAAUCAUUUUAAUUGAGGUUUUCUUUCCAUAAAAGAGUGAGUUAAUGUAUAAUGUAAGGCUAAGUAUUUUAUU